AUGCAAUUCAGUCUACGGCAGUCUGCCAGCAGAAUUGGUGUUCUCCAAAGCAGCAGCAGCAUCCUGGAUGUCAGCUUCAACCACCUAUCUGGUCCUCUGCAAGAGCAUCAAUCCCCAAUUUCGGCCUUCCUCUCAAGUGGCACUAUUUCCCCAGAGUUUGGCAAUUGCUCCAAGUUGACAGUACUCAAGGCUGGCCACAACAACCUUACUGGAGGUCUACCCAAUGGACUGUUUAAUGCUACCUCAUUGGAGCACCUUGCUUUUCCAAACAAUAAUUUGCAAGGGGCACUUGAUGGUUCCAGCGUAGUCAAACUCAGUAAUCUGAUUUUCCUUGACCUUGGAUCAAAUGGGCUCGAAGGAGAGAUGCCAGAUUCUAUUGGGCAGCUGGGAAGAUUGGAGGAGCUCCACUUAGACAACAACCUGAUGAUCGAAGAGCUGCCAUCGACCCUAAGUAACUGCAGAAGUCUCAAUUAUAUCACCCUCAGAAACAAUAGUUUUAUGGGAGAUCUUAGCAGAGUUAACUUCACCCAGAUGGAUCUGAGGACUGCAGAUUUUUCACUGAACAAAUUCAAUGGAACAAUUCCUGAAAGCAUAUAUGCAUGCAGCAAUCUAAUUGCUUUGCGGUUGGCUUACAACUUUCUUGGCCAGUUCUCACCAAGAAUAGCCAAUCUCAGAUCCCUUUCCUUCCUUUCAGUUACCAGUAAUUCAUUUACAAAUAUCACAGAUGUGAUACGGAGUCUCAAGUGGUGCAAGAACCUCACCACCCUAGUUAUGGGAACCAACUUCAAAGGUGAAACCAUACCGCAGAAUGAAGCAAUUGAAGGUUUUGAGAAUCUUCGGAUCCUAACCAUAGACACAUGCCCAUUGGUUGGGCUCCCACUCCUCUUCUUUCUGGACAUAUCAAGCAACAGGCUUACAGGGAAUAUCCCAACUGAAUUGAUGGGGAUGCCAAUGCUACAAUCUGAGAAGAAUGCUGCCAAGUUGGACCCGAAGUUCCUUGAGUUACCUGUAUUUUGGACACAAUCACGUCAAUACCGUUGGCUCAAUGCUUUCCCCAAUGUAUUGAAUCUAUGCAACAAUAGCUUGACAGGCAUAAUUCCCCAAGGGAUUGGUCAGUUGAAAAUGCUCAAUGUCCUCAACUUUAGCACCAACAGCUUAUCUGGAGAAAUACCACCACAAAUUUGCAACCUCACAAACCUGCAAACGCUAGACUUGUCAAAUAACCAGCUCACAGGUGAACUCCCAUCCGCAUUGCGUAAUCCUCACUUCCUUUCUGGGUUCAAUGUGUCUAACAACGACCUAGAAGGGCCAGUUCCAACUGGAGGACAGUUCAAUACCUUCACAAAUACUAGCUACAUUGGGAAUUCCAAGCUAUGUGGUCCUAUGCUCAGCGUCCAUUGUGGCUCAUUAGAAGCACCUUCAGCCUCAAUGAAAAGGAGGCACAAGAAGACCCUCUUGGCAGUUGUUUUCGGUGUCAUUUUUGGUGGACUUGCUGCUCUUUCAUUGCUUGCAUGCUUCCUCAUAGCACGGUUGGUAUAUGAUGACCACACCGAAAACCUUGUUCCCCUACACAGGCGGUAG